AGAGGAUGGACGACAAAAUGGACUUCGUGUGGAGUGCUCAAGACCAACGCCAGCCUUCAGCGUCAACGGCUGGACAGGACCUGCACCAGUAUCAAGUAGGUCAGUGGCUGCACUCGUCGGUUCUGGGAUCAACACACCGGAACCAACACACUCCACCAUCAAUCCCAUCUUCUCCAUCAUUUCAUCCCGCGGAAAUUCAACCUCAGCAGCACAAUUACCAUCACUAUCAACCGGCGGCUGGAUUCAAUGGGCCAUUCACCAGUUCGCCAUUGUUCAAUGCACAGCCAGUGGUACAGCAAACACCACCGCCAUCGUCGACUGCCUGCUUCCCGCUUGAUCGAGAGCAAUUUAUCGAACAUCAGUUCCAGAAGAUGCACCAGUUGCUGCAGCUCCAGUACCAGCAGACAAUGGAAUCAAUCAAUCACCAAUUCCAUUUGUUUUCGCUGUAUUGGAGCACCCGACAACAAUCACACAACCAGCUACAAUCGUCCCCGACCAUCACACAGCAGCAAGGGACAUCAUAUCAAGCUCCGCAUCCAAACGUCGUCGAUACUACGGCGGCAAUAAACGAACAGCAUCAGCAACAGUCUUCAAUGGACCAGCUGUUUGUUCCCGCAUCGACGACGGCGACGACGGUUUAUUGUGAUGAUUGUGAUCAACAGCAGCAACAGCAAACAAGAGGAUCGAAAAUAUCUUUUCCCGUACCUACACCAGACGGCAGUGAUGAAAGAGAAAUUGAAUCCGCAUACACACAGCAGAGCCCACACGCACCAGUGGUGCUCAACUCAUUCCAUGUCGGAUCAUUUCGGGAAGCAAUCAAUACCAAUCAGUAUAUAAUCAGCAUCAAAUCUGCCAUCCGCAAGUUAAAAUUUCUCCAACAUUUUCUGGAUCGCAACGGACACCGGAUGGAUUCAGUGAGCGGACGUGCAUCGGUGUUGAGUGAUGUUUUUAAAUGGAUGAUCAACCAUGGUGGAACCAGGAUCAAGCUCCGAUGAUCGAACAGCAACUCUCGUCAACAUGAUCAUCGACCACGCUAUCUACACUGUCCACCAUCAUCGAUCUUCCCACGUCCGAAGACCGCUGCAAUGGAAACAUCGUCAACGAUUCAGCGGGGGAGAUGUUGAGAACCACUGAACAAUCUCUCAACUCUCGCCGCUCUGCUUGCUCACCGAUAGCAUUUCAAUAUGCGAUCGGUUGAUGCACAAAAGCAGACAUUAGUUUUAGAAGUUUUGUAACCGUCAUUGUGUUAACGUGUCGCGUCAAUGUAAUGUAGCUUUUACGUUCAAUAAAGUACAU